CUCUACGUUCGGAUCGUUGGCUCCAUAAAAUGUUCGAGCUUUCGAAGUCAAUCUAUCGUCCUUUGCUUAGUUUCUGUUUUAUUUAAAAAAGAAGUCUGGAACCGUCAAGUAAGAGGAGAACUAACGCCGGGAUCUUAUAAACAAGAUAGAUCUAUCCCUUGUGCAUUGAAUUUCUGAAGUUGGAGAUCGUGGCCAUUCGUGGGCAAGCCAAGCAACAGCAGCCGGCAGCCUCGGCGAAGUCCCACAACAAGUUCCAGAAAGCGAGGGUAACAACAAUAGCAGCUGGUAUUAUGCAGAUGAAAGAACUUAGCAGUCAGCACAUCCGGCCAGAGAAAGCAAAGAUCUUUGAAGUCCAUGCCUACAGUUCUUAAGGUCCAUAACUUGUACUUGUUGCAGCAUGCCAAAGAAGGAGUCCAAGUUUGUCGACAACUACUUCAGCAAGCCUUGGAUUCAACAUGUGCUUGCAACCUUUGACCCUAGAAAGGUGGAGGUCGCAUCAAAACCAGAUAAUUUUGUAGCACAGAUCAUCAAUGCCAAAGAGGGAUGUCCUGAUGGAUUGGGAGAAAUUGCCUGUGAUAUUUUUGCAUCUUCAGACUUCCAUGACGGUCAUGUCAGGACUACUGCUCUAUUUACUAAGGAGGCUAUUGAGGUGUUUGAGAAGCUUGAGGAGUCUUUGAGCGGGUGUGAAUUUGAGCAUCUUCCAAACGCCGUCUUGCUUUUGCAGAAAUUUAAAAUCAUCCCAAAAAUUACAAAGCAACUGUGUGAUUGCCAGCUGUUUGUUUGUAUUGAAUCCUUCGUCUUGUGGACCAGUGAGGGACCAGCAUUCACCACUUCAUACAUACCAUGGGCAAGAUCUUCCCAGGCUGUGCUGUGGAAUAUCCAAAGGCUAUGGAUUGAUGCCCAAGGAAGCAGCCAAGAGGAUUCUGGGAAUGAGGCAUUGACCGACUCUGACGUGCCCUUUUCAUGUGACGAUCUGAGCCAGCUGCUGGCAGAGGUAAAAAAGGAUUCAAUGAUGUUACAGUCCUCAAAUAGCAACAAGGAAAGCCAAUUAUCAGUGGCCAACCAGUCUCUGUGUAGUCCUAAAGUUGUUUCUGUGACGAGUAGUCCAGGUCCUGCUCCACCGGAUCCUGAUUCCCUAGGUCCAGCUUCCCUCUCCAACCAUCUCACUCCAGAAGAAGUACAGAACCCAGAUGGAAGAAAGGAACCGGAUGAAGCUCAGGGGAGCACAUCUAAAGUUGGAGGAGGAGGAGGAGAACAAAUAGAGGAAGAAGAGGGUUUGAAAUGGAGACACGUCGAUCAACUAGUCAGCUGGGUCUUUGAAGUCCGUCUCCCCUCUUCCUCUACGUGCCCCAGUGAUGCAGAGGAGGAUAGGAUGAAGGCUGUGGUUGAGAGGGUAACGGAAUGCCUGAAGAAACUCCCAGAGAGAGGGGAAGAAGAGGAAGAGAGUAGCUAUGAGAGUAUUGGAAUGCAGGGUGAAAGGUCACAGGACUUGAGCGCCAAACGGGCAUCUCCUUCCCCAAAAUCCCCCUACAGCAGGCGCAAGUCUAGGAGGGGUAAAAGGCAGUCCUCCUCCCUUGUCAAAAAGCCUGAGGUGCUGAAGGAUGAGAGUCUACCAAGCCAUGGGCUGGAGCGAGAGCAACGGCUGUUGUACGAGAAGAUCAAGAAAGAACUGCCUACCACUGAGAUUGUGACAUUAUCCUUGGAAGAUGUAGAGCCCCUUCCUGAAGACUAUGAUCUUGAUGACGAUGAUUAUGACUCUGACGGUUGUCCUCGUUUCUGUGACACAAACAAUAAUCUAUGUCUGAGAGAGUGGAAUGGUGAGUGUGUUGAGGAAGCACACCUGCUCUCGUCAGAUGCCUCAGAAAGAACGUUUACACCCAGCUCUUCAGAGACUCUGAAACAUGGAGCAGAACCCUUGUCACCUGCUCCUUCGAAGACAGCAUGCAAAAAGCUCUUCAACGGUCAGGAGCAUCCUGCAGAAACUGGACAAACCUUGCAGAGUGUUCUUGAGGAUAUCGAUGAACUGUUCAGCAACCAUACCGAGGAAUACUUUAGUUAUGACGGCAAUGAGGGACAGGUUGUGGCGGACACUCCGUUCAAGGCUUACCGCGCACGCGCAGGAGAAUCUGCCUCAGAAGGUGCUCCACAAGGUGUCCUGGAUGUUGACUCGGGCCAUGACGAUGCUGCCCCUGCAGGAUCAAAUUCGCCCAAAGGACAGUCACCACCUACAGAUGUUGUCUCUUGCCAUGAUGAUGAUGUCCCUUCAGAACCAAAGUCUUCCAAAGAACAGUUACAACAUACAGAAGAAGGUAGCAUCAUAGUAGUGGAUGAUUCUCAUCAGUGGAGUCAAGAAGAUGAUGAUGAUGAUGAAACUCAGUUACCUCUGCCACUUUCGCCCUCUACCCAGUCUCCUACACCAACUUCCCCUAGCCUAUUGGCUAAGAAGAGGCCCUUGGUGCCGUCAACGUCAUCAGCAACCCUGUCUGAUUCCAGUCAGUCAGACUUCGUAAUAAAUCUGUCUGGGGACAAUGAUUUCACCAUUCUGAAGUGCAGCAUUGAUGACCCUGAGCAAAAAGAGCACCAAGCUGGUGGCAUGGGUGAUCAUAAGGAAUAUUCUGACAGCAAUAAUAGUUCUGACAGUGAUUCUGAUAUCUUCAGCCCCCCUGAUGAUGCAUGUUUGAAGAGAACUCCAACUGAAGGAGAGCCACCAAAUGAUCAAACAGAUAAGGCAAAGAGCAGUGACGAUUUCCCUCGAUCACCAGAGGUAAUAUUUACGACUACAGAAUCUGCAACCACUGAAUGUGGAAGCAACAGUAAAGACAGAUGCAUCCAUGCCAGAGAUGUAAAAGAAGCAUCACCUGCGAUUGCAGAGUUUUCUAGAAAACGAAAGCAAAGGAUUAUUGGCGAUGAUGCGGAGGAAAUUGGCAGCAUUGGAAAGCGGAUCCGGUUUGCAGAUCAAGAGCAAAAUGGUGCUUCUGAUAAUGGAACUAUUGGAAUUGAUAUGGUUCCAUUUAUUAAUGGUGAUAGAAUAUGGACUUCUACUCAGAAAGAAUGCAAAAGUGGUGCAACGCAAGACACUGUUGUUGCUAUCAUUAGUGAUGAAAAGGAAGAAGGCAGUGAAUCUGCUGAGGAGCAGAUUUCAAGUGCUUCAAGGUUGUGCUCGUCAGGUUGGGUCAGCAAGCAGGAUAUGAUGCAAACCAAACGUACAGCAGUGCAAGUUGUUGAGGACACCCAAGAGCUUGAAUCAGAGGAGGCCACUGCUACAAAUUCACCUAAUUACAAUGCAGGAAAGUGUAGGAACCAGAACAUUGCAGAGGAACUGUCUCCCAUUAUUCUGUCAUCAGGCAGCCUAGAUAUUGAAUCCUGUGCAGUGGAUGCCCAGGAAAACAGUGCAUCUGUCAAGGAGACUGAUGUUAUCCUUGUCAGCUCUGGUGGAAGUUCAAGGGAUAGCAACAGAACAGCUGACCUUAGUGUCACCCCUGUCUUGUUUAGCAGUGGUGAGUCAACAAAAGCUGUCAUUGCUGCUUACACAUGUCCACAAAAUCAGACACCUUCUGAAAAAAGUGUUGCAGUGACUGAUUCUGGAGAACUAAGAGACAAUGAGCACAGUGCACUUGUUGGUGCCAAUCAGGAUGCACAGAAUCUUGAUGAAGAAGAACCAAUGAGUAUUGAUACACCAGAAGACUGCCUCUCUUUCAGCUCACAAACUGCUCCUCCAGUAGUAGGAGAAGGAACUCAAAAUGCAGAAUUUCCUCAAAAGAAGUUCACAAGAAUCCGACGGGUUUCAUUGUCUAGCUCAGGCAGACAUUUUGUAAGGGAGACCCAACCGGAGUCUGUGCCCAGUCCCACUCCAACAUCUAAUCAUUCCAGUAAAUCAUCAACACCGCUGAGAGCGAUGACUAAGCCCUCAGGUCAUUUACAGGAUGUGAAUACUACGAGAGUAAUUUCUCCAGAUGGACCGGACACACCAACAUCAACUCCACCUGAUAAAUGUUACAUAGAAACUGUAGAAAUUUCUGGGAAGAAGAAUACUAGGCGUAAAGAGAAAAGUGUUUGUGUUUUGUCCUCUACAGAGCAUCCCGAUAUGUCUGAGACUGUGGUUAAAAAGCCAACGCGUCAAGUCAACCAGACAGUUAUCCCAUCAAAAAUAUACAUGGGAUCAUUACAGAUGAGACAGUUGACUCUAAAUCAGAAAAAGAAGCCUCCUUCAACACAGACAAAGCUGUCCUUCAAGCCAAAGAAUGUAUUAUCAAAGAAACAAAAAGCUGAUCCUCAGACCAGAACGAAUUCUUGCUUGCCCUGUGAACCAACUUCAAGAAAGAGUGUGUCCGAUUUUGAGAGAAAGACCACAAAGGAUAUUUCCAGAGGUGCAGUUGUUUCCACUCAAGACCAAGAUGAGAACCUGCCAUCCACACAUACUGAUAGCAUGUUGAAUGGUACCCAUCUUCCAUCUAGUGAUGAUUCUGCCUCAUCCGUAGGAGAGCAAGCUUUACUCGACUGGUGUGCUAUGUAUCUUCUGGAAUCUGCAAAGAGGUAGCUGAUCUUCAAGAACAUCAAGGAGAGUAGACAAGAAGAUUCUCCUUAUUUUGCAGGAGAAAAAGCUCUUCUUGACAGGUGUCCCAUGUAUCCCUAGGAAUCAGCAAAGAUGCAGAUGAUCUCUAGAGAACAAGGAGAGUGGCUCAGAGUAAUAGCUCAAUGAGAUUUUACCUCAUCUGUGGAAGAAAAAGCUUUACUUGACUGGUGUUCCAAAGUAUCUCCUGCAGUCAGCAAAGAACUUGAACCUGAGGGUGGUUGAAGAAAACUGUUUUCUACAAUUUAUUUCCUUAAUAACAUAAAAGAAGAAAAAAAUAAAUCGGUUGUCACAAUAAUUCCAGAAAGUUCCACACCAAGCAAUUUCUCUUCAAGUGCCUUUGCAUACAAAUUCUGAAUAAAUAUGUGUGAUAUGUUUAGACCAAAAAUUUGGGUGUAGUCCAGUCAGUCGGCAGGUCCUCAAAAAGUAGCUUUUUUUAUCCAAGUGAUAUUCAUUACUUACGGGUUUCGCAUUGUCUACGAGCUUGGUACGGACAAAAACACCUCUUUUUAUUCGGCCAUUGCUGCUCUAAACAUUGACCAAAUUUCAUGUUUUUGGUAUCUUUAUUAAGAAGAAAAAUCAUCCAUACAGGUCAUGUGUGUGGAUUUUUAAAAAGAUUUUGUAAUAUAGGUGAAACUUUUGAUCUAAAACAUAACAAAAUAAUUAAUAUUUUGCAACAAAAGUUGUUUUUACACUCAAUUUUUGUUUGAGCCCAAAUGGUUUUUAGAUUAUGACAAAGCUAAAGAUCUAUGAUGUAGAUUUUAUAAGAAGAGGUUUAUUAGAUGGGUCGGCAGCCAGCUUUUCAUCUGCUAAAUACAUUUAGCAGCUCAAAAACAAGAAUACCGCGCUCUUAUUUGUCAUAGAGACCACAAACCCAUGCAAAUUCCAACAUUUCCAAACAAUGGGCACACUCACCAUGUGGUAAUCUCUUUAAAUUACCCGCACCUGUUUCUUUGAAAACAUUGCGCCAAUCAGAACUCUGGAUUUUAUGCUACUCAGAAAUUUCAGAAAUCUCGUCUUGUAUCUUGAUGGAAAAAGCUGGCUGCUGAUCCAUCUAAAAGAUGCCACAUAUCAAGAGUGACAUUGUAAGAAAGUAUAGUUUUAGCUUUGUGAUGAUAUAAAUACUAUUUGUGGCCAAAAUCAAAAAGAUUUGCACAAUUCACAAGAGAAUACAGAGGGAGAAAAUUCUGUUUGAGGCAUCUAUUCAGGCCUGAAAUUAACUAUUUAUCAAAAUAUUUUAUUCAAAAGAAACUACCAAUAUAACAGAGUAACAUUUACUCUUUCCUAUGGUACAAAAAUAUUCAAUUAUACUUGAGGAGAAAGUGGUUAAAUUCUUUGAGAAAGAAAGUCUCUCAAUUCACAAGAAUUUGCAGGGAUAUGAAUUCAGCCACGAGAGGACUUGGAUAAAUCUUGCUCAUUUGCUCAAUAGCAUAGGGACCUGCAGACUGACUGAGUCCUACUCAGUACUAUGGGACUUGUAGGAAAAUAUAAUAAACUUUUGUACUGGCCGCAGAGAAAUCUUAUUAGAGCUAAAAAUGUGCUAACCCAAGUUCUUUUCCCCUGAAAAAAAGGGAAAAAUAUUGGCGUUUGCAUUAUUUACAUGACACCUUGGAUCAAGGUUUGACAUCACCAUUCAAAAGAUGUUUCACGGCCUUCUUUUAGUGUUCUGUUUAAUAGCGCUUACAGUGUUUCUGUGCGGCUGGUACUGAUCAUUUGGUUAUUCCAAUAUAUUGAAGUGAUUAUUCUUCA